UUGAUCGGAUAGGCUACCUAAAUGUAAACAACAUGGCAGAUUAGAUGAAUAUAAUAUUGUACGUAAAAAAUACCGCCUUAUGAAUCGAUACUUUGACGAUGCGUCAUUGCAACAUUUGUAGAUCAAGUUAGGCGAUUAGCCUUUUCUAUUACUCUUAAAAUACCAUUAUUUUAAAAGAUGUCAACUGAAAAGGUUCUUUAUCAGUUAUAUCAACCUCAUGGUACUGGUACUGUGUUUAUUACUUGGCGUCCUGGCAAUAGUACUCAUUUAGCAACAACCGGUUAUGAUUCUUCAGUCGCUAUUUUUGAUAGACAAGGAGAUUUACAAGAACGCAUUCAGAUUUCUGGUUUGUGUACCGGUUUUGGAUGGGAUUCCGACGGCGAUUUAUUGGCUAUCAUAUCACAAAAUUCCUUUACCAUCACGUUAUGGGAUGCAACAACCGGAAAAAAAUCACAAAUAGAUGCUGGUGUAAGAGAUGGCUUGACAUGUAUCAUGUGGGCAAAGAGAAAUUGCUUGUUAGCUGUUGGAACACAGAAAGGAAAUUUGGUACUUUACGAUCAUAUAAAUGCUAAAAGAAUACCAAUUUUGGGAAAGCAUAAAAAACGUAUAACUUGCGGUGCUUGGUCUUACGAGGGUCUUCUUGCUUUGGCAAGCGAAGACAAGGUUUUAACUAUUAGUACUAGCGACGGCGAUACUCGACGCGAAAUAUCGCUACAAGGUGAUCCAUCUGAAAUUCAGUUUAAUGAAAUGAAGAUGGAUCACAGGAUCGGGGGUGAAAAUACAGUAUCUCUAAUUAUUAGUAAAACCACAUUGUUCCUGUAUAAUAUUUUGGAUCCAGAGAAUCCUAUUGAACUAGCUUUUCAAAAACGUUAUGGUCCCAUUAUAGCUUACAAAUGGUACGGCGACGGUUAUAUAUUAGUUGGUUUUGAAACUGGACAUUUCACUGCAAUAUCUACACAUAUUAAAGAAGUUGGACAAGAACUAUUUCAAGUUAAGAAUCAUAAAGAUUCUUUAACUGACUUAGCAAUAAGUCAGGUCAUAGGAAAAAUUGCCACGUGCGGAGAUACUGCUAUAAAGAUACAUAGUCUGCAAAAUUUAGAAGAAACUGAACAAUUAAUUACAAUAAGCGGCGAAACUGGAAUUAGUAAAAUAGAAUGGUCGAUGGAUGGAUCGAUGAUAGCAGCCGUGACUUAUAGUGGCAAUGUUUUUGUCUAUUUAAUACAAAUUCCGAAAUUAUUUAGCGUUUGUGGAAAUAAAAUAGCUUUACUUACUAGUUUAACAGAAGUUGCAGUACAUCUUUAUAUGUUAGACAAGGUGAAACCAGAACCAGUAAUGAUUAAUACUAUAAUAGAACCAUCUGUACUAGCAGUGGGACCUAUGCAUGUGGCAGUGGGUUUAAAUAAUAGAGCACUGUUUUGGGACUUAUCUGAGAAUCCUUAUAAUACUACUGUACACUUCGAACGAGAUUAUUUAGCAACAAUAGAUAGUAUACGAUUGAAUGAAACCUAUGUCUCGGUUUUAUUUGAUGGAAAAUUGCAGUUGCAUAUGAUUAAAGUCGAUCAAUCUUUAACAAAAGAUGGAAAAGACACAAAAAUGUUUCCAGACUUAAAUGCUUCGGAUUUUAGAAUAACGUGCCAUGCCCUUAGUACAGAUUUUCUUAUCUUUGCCAGCGAUAUGGGUCACAUAAUCUACUUUUGCCUCGAAGUUUUCAACCAGUCUAUAGAACAUAUACACAAUACGGGUAUAAACGAAAUCUAUUUAGAUGCAAAUGGGACACAAUUAUGUUUUAUAGAUAAUAAAUCUGAUGCUUAUGUAUAUAAUCCUAUGCAAGAAAUUGUGUUACAAAUACCCGAUUGCCCGGAUUGCAUACAGGGUAUAAUCUGGGAUCAGAAUAUUUUGGAACGUAAUAUAUUUGCUGUAUACAAUAAAAAUGUUAUUGUUACGUACAUAUUUGUAAAAUAUUUUAUCGAAGGUACAAAAGUCGUUAGGAUAAACACAACAAAACUACCGUCCGAAACACUACCGUUAUUAAUGUAUUCCGGAGAAUUAACAUUAAGCUCAAUAAAUAAUAAAUUUAUUCAAAUUACAUUAUCGUCGCACGAAGAUAUUGGAAAUAUUGUGGAAUCUGCAAAAAAGAAAGAAGUUUUGGAGAAUCAGAUUUUGUGUAGAAGAUUUCAACAAGCAUGGAACACUUGUGAGAAAAUUAAUGAAAAAGAAUCGUGGUUAAAGUUAGGGGAAAGUGCCAUUGUAAACUUAAACAUUGAUUUCGCCAUUCGCGUCUAUCGUUAUAUAGAAGAUGCCUCGAUGGUUUGGGCAUUAAAAAACAUGGAAAAUAUAGAUGAGCUACCACUAUUGUGUGGUCAUGCAUGUAUCUUACUUGGCGACUAUAAUCAAGCAGAACAAUUUUUUUUGCAAUCUUCAGAACCGGUACAAGCACUGUACUUAAGAAGAGACUUGAUGCAAUGGGAACAAGCGCUGAACUUAGCGCAGAAACUGAAAGCCGACGAAAUUCCUUACAUCGCCAGAGAAUAUGCUCAGCAGUUGGAAUUUAUGGGUAAUUAUCCAAAAGCUUUAACAAACUAUGAACGUGGAUUGGUAGAUCAUAAUACUUCGUCUAACAACUCCGUACAUAAUCCACACCAUCGUAAUCUGUGUAUUGCCGGAAUUGCAAGAAUGUCUAUAAGAUGCGGUGAUAGUAGAAGAGGAGUGAGCUUAGCAAUGGACAACGAAAGUUCGAGGCAGCUGCGAAAAGAAUGUGCAGAAAUAUUAGAAUCAAUGAAGCAAUUUAACGAAGCUGCAUUAUUAUAUGAAAAAACUGAAUACUUUGACAAAGCAGCAUCUGCGUACAUUAAAUUAAAGAAUUGGCAGAAAGUUGGGCAACUUUUGCCACAAGUAUCAUCUUCCAAAAUUAGUAUACAAUAUGCAAAAGCCAAAGAAGCUGAAGGCAGAUACGAAGAGGCAGCUAAAGCAUACGAGACGGCUAAAGAUUAUGAAAAUAUAAUAAGAAUUAAUCUGGAGUAUUUGAACAAUCCUGCGCGAAGUGUGGAAGUGGUACAGCAAACUAAAAGCAUAGAAGGAGCCAAAAUGGUUGCAAAAUAUUUUCAAAAAAUGAACGAUUAUAAUUCAGCGAUCAAGUUUUUAAUCUUAUCAACGUGUCACGACGAAGCUUUUCAGUUGGCCAAUCAACACGGAAAAAUGGAAUUGUAUGGAGAAAUUUUGAUAAAUACAGUUGACGAUAGCAACGCACGGAAGGAAGACUUUAGAAGCCUCGCAAUGCAUUUUGAGUCUCAAAAAAAUAAUCUUUUGGCGGGAAAAUAUUAUUUUCACGCUAAAGAAUAUCAAAAGGCAUUACGACAUUUAUUGAAAGCUGCUCAAUUAAUGGCGGACGAAAAUGAGGUUUUUACAUUAGCUAUUGAUACAGUCGCUUCCUCAAAAGACGACAAACUAGCUAAUCAACUAAUAGAUUUCCUAUUGGAUGGAGACGGAUUACCAAAGGAUCCAAAAUAUCUAUUUCGACUCUAUAUGGCCAGAAAACAAUAUAGAGAAGCUGCAAAGACAGCAAUCAUAAUUGCAAACGAGGAACAAACGAAUGGUUUGUUUUUAUGGUGUAUUUAUUUGUCAUAUCGUUUUCAAGAGCAGCGUGUAUCGUGUAAUAAAUUAUUUUCAGGGAAUUACAGAAAUGCUCACGAUGUUCUGUUCAGUAUGUAUCAAGAAUUAAAGAGAAAUAAGAUCAAUAUACCAUUAGAGAUGCAAAAUAACUUAAGACUUUUGCAUUCGUAUAUCCUUGUACGACUUCAUGUAAAGAAAAAUGAUCAUUUGCGUGGUGCUCGCAUGUUAAUUAGAGUAGCCAACAAUAUUUCGAAAUUUCCAUCACAUAUUGUUCCAAUUUUGACUUCUACUGUAAUAGAAUGUCAAAGAGCUGGAUUAAAAAAUGCAGCGUUUAAUUUUGCUGCUAUGUUAAUGCGUCCAGAAUACAGAAAUCAAAUUGAUGCUAAGUACAGUAAAAAGAUCGAGGCAAUUGUGAGGAAACCACCGAAAUCGAAAGAUAACGAAAUUGAAGAUGAACCUUUAACUCCGUGUCCUUAUUGCAAAAGUAAACUGCUUGAAACAGAGAUCACUUGCGAUAAGUGCAAAAAUGCGAUACCUUUUUGUAUAGCUACAGGACGACAUAUUGUUGAAGAUGAUUUCACAACAUGUCCCCAAUGUGAUUUUCCUGCCAUAAGAAGUGAAUUUAUACGGAUCGUCGAGUACGAAGGAACAUGUCCAAUGUGUUCGGAAAAAGUAGACGUGAACACAAUUUCGUCUACUCUUAACAUUCAUCCUUAUCUUGAUUUUCAAGAUGAAAAAGUAUCAGGGAAAGCUUAAUCAUUUUUAUUUAUACGAUUUUAAAUUUGAACCGAUAUUUUCAUUUAAUUACGAGAAUGUAUUAUACAUAUUCUAUAUGAUAUGGAUAACCAUACUUCGUUACAAAUGCAAGGUAUAAUUAUCGAAUUAUUCUUAUGAAACGGUGCCGUCCAAUAUGAGUACAAUGCAAUUAAGUACAAGUAGUUUAUUAUAUAGUGUCAUAGAGUGUCUGAGAAAACCUGU